ACUAUAGUUUUGAAGAUAAACAUGAAAUAAAAGAGUUAUUUCAUUUUGAGUAUAAUAAUGGUAUUCCAAGUUUUGUAUUUUCUAAUUGUAAUAUUUUUGGUUAUAAAUAUAAUAUAGCUAUUAUAAAAAUACAAAUAGCUAUCAAUCAAUUAAAGAUGUUUGUUGAUACUGAUAUUGAGGCAGUACAUCAGAAGAUGCUUAACAGAUCUAUUACUAGUAACUACUUAACUGAUGAAGAGGAAGAGCUAAUCAAGGUUACUUCAAAACAAAUAGUCAGUUCAUCUUUGGAUAUUUUGGAAGAUGACAAUCCCAACGAGCGAGAGUACAAGAUUCAGUAUUUAUAUGAGUUAAAAGAGCGUAAAAAAGGAAAGUUUAACAUCAGUGAUUGGAAGGCAACAAAUUAUAAUUUGUUAGCUAAAAAUGAACAACUUUAUUUUUAUACUUUAGAAAAACAAUAA